GACCCUACGUGCAGAGGACCAACGCGCUCUUGGAGUUUUCGAACGGAAGGUGUUGCGUGCCAUCUACGGCGGAGUGCAGAUGGAAGACGGGACUUGAAAAAUGCGUAUGAACCACGAGCUGCAUCAGCUGCUGAGAGAACCAACCAUCGUCCACACCGCGAAAAUUGGGAGGCUACGGUGGGCGGGUCACGUAUCGGAUAGCAACCCGUCUAAAAUGGUUCUCGAGAGUCAUCCAACCGGUACUAGAAGACGUGGUGCGAAGCGAGCUAGGUGGGUCGAUCAAGUGGAGAACGAUCUGCGGACCCUACGCAGAGUGCGGAACUGGAGACAAACAGCCAUGGACCGAGUGGAAUGGAGACGGCUACUAUGUACAGCAGAGGCCACCCCGGCCUUAGCCUGAUCGGAUUGGAUUGGAUUGACGGACACAAAAGAGAUUAGAAGAUCAACAUGAAGUGAAUUUCAUACAAUAGAUAAAACUGUCAUAAAAAAAACUGUCUGAAAAAUUCGGUGCUCUAUAUCCCUUUCGUUAGAGGUUGUGGUUCAUACAGGCCAUUUUUGGCUAUGAUUGUGACAUCAUCCAAUUCAGCGUGUGGUAUUCUUCGCAAUAAUGUAUCCCUCGUAUAUUGAAAAUCAUCGAGUGAAGAGAACGUUUUGCUGAGUAAUCAUUUAUGUCCUUCAGAAGUGUUUCAUUUCCAUAAACCCAUAAACUGUGGAGCUAUGUACAUUGAACGUAGGAAAACCCACAUUUGCAUGACAUCAUGCGAUGUCCCUUCUCGACCACGAUGAAUUUCACCAGACACCAGACAUUACUUCCUGAAACACGCUUGCGCCAAAAAGCAACACACACUUCUAUCGCGGCGUUUCACUGAACUAUCGGCUACCAUGCGAAAAUGCACCGUGCCACAGGUUGCAACAUCGACCGAGUGCAUCCAUUCACAAAUGGUCAAUGUGGGUGUGCCUGCAUAUCCCCUGCAACAAACAGCCCCAUUCAGUUAAAUUUCGAGAGUUUUCCGCUGUAGAUGAUGAUGACGGAAGUGCAAAGUGGAAAUUUCGAAAGGAUUCCGGCCACUGAAAGCAUUGAUGAUGCUGAUAACAAUAACGGAUACGUGCCGCCGGCCGUCAACAGAGGAGUGGUCCGACUAUCGAUUCUGGCGCUGUUUCUCGCCGGCUUCAGGCGUGAUCCGUAUCCUUGGAAGAAGGAUUAUAGCGAAACGGCGGAUGGCGAAGUUGGAAUCGAUUUGCACCCGGAUUUGUAUCUAGCGCAGAUGAUGGGUCCGGUGUUGAUUUCAUUGUUGGUUUCGUGCAACGUCAGUGUUGGCUAUGUGAGGGAGCUGUUCAGCAUCAUCCACCCACCGGUCUGCCUGUGGUACGCACUUGGAUGCAUCAUGGGAUACUUACGGGAAGUGCUUCCCGUGUGCAGCUUCAUGUUGGAAAUGAUAAGCGAUAGUAAGGUGACGCUAUACUAUUAUCAGAUCAUGAUCUACAGUUCUAGCACCGAGAGAAGUGCGUCGAUUCUCCUUGGAACCGUGGCACAGGUCUUGGGAAAUGCAUUGCUUCAGUGGAUCUGCAACGAUGCAGGACUGAUGUGGCCCAAUACGAAGUAUUUUGUGGAUCUGAUAGUUGCAAUGGUGCACUAUUUCAUGUUUUGUCCACGAGAGUCCUGGAGAGUAGCUUUAAAGAACGUGUUUGAAGAAAGUAACCGUUAUGCAUUCCGCGAAUUCAUCGGUGUAGCGGUUUUUGCAGUAAUUCUGCUUUCUUCGAUCAACAGCGUCAUCUUACAAUGGUUAUUGAGCGAUAACGACAUGCCUCCAAAGCCAUUUCUUCCGCUGUUCGUCGCAUUUGAUGGAAACGACUACAUCUGGUACACCUUAAUCAAUAUCUGCGUUCCCAUUGUUCUAGAAAUCAGUAUGACGAGGUUCAACCCAGGCAAGCAAUGGAUUGUUUGCUUCAUAUGCAGCUUCAUCACAUCGAGCGUAUGUUUCUUCAGUGACAGACGGGAAAGCGCAUUCUAUCUCACCAUGGCGGCAAUGGCAAUGACCUCGUUCACUUUUGGCAAAGCAUUAGCACACUUGACCGAAGUAUGCCCAGGAAACAAAAUUGUCCUUCUGCCGGGUGCCGCUUUUGUGGCAACCCACAUGGCAAUGUACGGUUUCAGUGCUUUGUUGAAGUUAAUACCGAUGGCCUUGAGGGCAAAACGUAUAGUACUGAUUGCGGUAUGUUGCAUCAACGGAGCUUUCGCAGUGGCCCUUGCGUUCGCCAAUGACUUGCUGGCCACUGAUUUAUCCCGGAUAGGAAGAAGGCGGGUACGACGCAUUGUACGAACUAUCGAUUUGUAGAACAAUCGGCAUUAGCAAAUUUAGGUCAAUUGGUUCUAAUAAGCAUUUGAUGUGAUAAAUGUGAGCCUGAGCAGAAAAAUAAAUGUUUAUUUAGCUUUACUUCCAAUCAGACCUUAAACACUUUAUUCCUCAAAUAGACUUCCUUGUGCAUUCAGCCAUAAAGUCUUUAGGUUCUUAGAAGGCGGGUUCAAUAGGCAUUCGAAUCUGUAGAGUGUACAGUACAUCUGUACUGAAUUGCUGUUAAUUGACAUGAUUGAUGAGGUGCAAUUGCUGUCUUUACAACCACAUUUUUUUUUAAAUAUAAUUUAUAAUUUUACACGGGCACAUUAUUGUGAUAUUACUUAAUGAAAGAUCAACAGUGGACAGGUCAUGGCUUCAGUAGAAACCAAAAAUCAUGGAUAAAGAAAAAAACAGAAGUUGCACAUCAUCAACGACAGUCUGUUAUCUUUCGUAAUUAUGUU